AUGUUGUUUAUUUCACGUUGCACAAGAUUGUGUCAAAACAUAAUACCAAAACACAAGAAUUGUGCAUUAACCAGAGUACCUAGUCGAAAUGGAUAUAUUGUAUUAUUGCCAGAAAUCAGUAAAGAUUUAACAGAAAGUCUUUUACAAGUAAAUGCUGACCACCCAAAUUUUACGGGUUUAGAUAUAAAAAAAUGUGAAAACACAAUUAGUAAUCAGUUAAUUGAUUUCGAAUGUGGUAUACGUGAUAUUGAAGAUUACCUUAACUCAGUUGAAGAUGGAAAAUACGACUUGUUUAAAGAUGUAUUAGAACCAAUAGAAAAUCUAAGUCUUAAAUUUGAUCAAAUGUGGGCUGUAUUAAAAACAUUAUAUUUGGCUGAUAUGUCAGUUAUGCCAGCUCGAAUAUAUUAUCCAAUACACAACAAAGCAUGUAUGUCACAUACAACAAAAUACAACAGCAAACCUAUUUAUGAAGCAUGUAAAAAAGCUGAUUUGUCUAAAUUAACCGAAGAACAAGUUGCAGUUGUAAAUAAAUUUAUUAAAGAAGGAAAACUUAAUGGACUUGAACUCAGUGAAAAACUAGAUUAUUCAUUUAAAGCAAAUAAACAAAAAUGCAGUGCUAAACAAAAAUACUUUAAAAUUCGUUUAGAAAUGGCAUGGAGUCAAUUUCAACAAAUAAUUGAUAAUCCACAACUAGUAAAAGAUUUUCCAGAAGACCUUUUGACAUUAAUGGCAUUAAAUAAAAAUAAUCCUAAGAAACGUCCAUGGAAAGUUGCCUUGACAUGGGGUAUUGCAGAUAGAUUUAUUAAGUACUGUCCAGACAGAGAUUUACGUUGGAAUGUCUGGCAAGCUUAUGAAAAAGCUGGUUCACCCGCUGACGAAAAAAGAGAACUCAACAAUGGCUUAGAAGUUGAAGAAAUACGAAAAUUAAGACUUGAAGCUGCUGAAAAAUUGGGUUUUAAAAAUUAUGGUGAACUAUCAUUGAUGACAAAGAUGGCACCUUCAAUUUCAGCCAUAGAAGAUACAUUAUUGACAGUAUUGGAUAAAGCAAGACCCUUACAAGACAAAGAAAUAGAAUCAUUACAAGUUUUUUCAAAUAAAAAGGGUAAUGAAUAUCCUAUUCAAAUGUGGGAUGUUGGUUACUGGGCAAGAUUACAAAAAAAAGAACUUUAUGGUUAUGAUGAAGUUCAGUGGUCCGAGUAUUUCCCAUUAAAUCGAGUUUUAGAUGGUCUGUUUGAACUAUGUAGAAGACUCUAUGGAAUACGCAUUUUAGAAAUGCCAAAUAGAGCUGAUCUCUGGCAUCCUGAUGUCAAAUAUUAUGAAAUACUACAUGAAAAUGACCCUUCUAUUGUAGCUGGAUUUUAUUUAGACCUUUGUUCCCGGCCACAAAAAAUGAAAGCUGUCGGUGAACCUGGUUGGUUAGUUACUCAUAGGACUGCUUCAUCAAUACCAAAAAAAGUAUUACCUUUAUCAGCUCUAAUAAUGAAUUUUCCAUCAAUACAGAAUAAAAACCCAAGCUUAUUGAGUUUUGACCAAGUGAAAACGUUGUUUGGAAAAUUUGGUCAUUUACUGCAAAAUGUUUUAUGUCAAGUACAUUAUGCUGAAGUAUCUGGUUUAAAUAAUGUCGAAUGGGAUGCUGUCGGAAUAACUAGUAAUUUUAUGAUUCAUUGGUUGUAUGAUAAAGAGACAUUUGACAGUAUAAAUAGCCACUACAAGACAGGUAAAAGAUUACCUAAUGAUCAAUUGACUGAAAUAAAACAACACAUGGCUGGAUUCAAUACUUGUGAUGAACUCUACAAAUCUAUGAUUGACAUUAAAAUGCAUACUUGCAAAACAAAUUGGAAUGAUCUGGUGAAAGAAAUGUGGAGUAAUUAUUAUGGAUUUCCAUUAAGUAAAUGGAACAGUUUUCCAUGCAGGUUUGCUGAAGUUAUGUCAAAUGAACAAGGAGCAGCAAGUUAUUACUCAGGAUUAUGGUCUAGAAUAAUAGCAGCUGAUGUAUUUCAAUCAUUUAAAGUUCCUGAUGAAACCACUAAAAAUUUAGGAAACAACUUUCGAGAUACUUUUUUUGCAUUUGGUGGAAGCUGUCCAUCUGGAGAAAUAUUCAGACGUUUCAAAGGACGGGAUCCUAAUCCUAAAGCAUUUAUUAGUGAUCUUGGACUUGAUAAAAAUGAUAGUAAUUAAAUUAUAGUUUAGUUAUGUUUAAUGUGUUAUUAUGUAAACACAUCCAAAAUUAAGGAUAUUGAUUAUGUUUCAAUGUGUAUGAAAUAUUUUCAAUUUAAUAUACAAUAAAAAGUUAAUUUUAAAU